GGUAAUGUUGGAAGGACAACGUUAAAGAUGGCGACGUCCUCAUCAGCCGGACGAGUCUUGAGUCUUUGCAAACAGUUUCAAAAUGUCGUUAGGAUAUCCUCAGCUGUAAAUACCCAGAGCUGUUCUCCUGCUCUUACCAAACUCCCGCCUCGUCAGUACAGCAGGGAGAAGUCUCCUCUUGCUGCCCUGUCAUGGCGCAGUCCCAGCAGCUCUGUGGCUCCGUGUCGAGCCCUGCACACAACCAUCAGCAGGAGAGGGCUCGACGAGUUCUUUGACCUACCCGAGAACUGGGGAGAGACCACCGUGAAGUCAGGUGCACCGUGGACUGCCAAGCAACUGAGAACAAAGAGCAAUGAAGAUUUACACAAACUCUGGUACGUGCUGUUAAAAGAAAAGAACUUGCUGCUCACACUUGAACAGGAAGCAAAGAGGCAAAGGGUUCCGAUGUCGAGUCCAGAAAGAAUAAGGAAGGUCGAGCGCUCAAUGAUCAGAUUGGAGACGGUGGUGAAUGAGAGAGAGAGCGCACUGCGAAUGCUGCAGACCGGACAGGAGAAAGCCAGACCAGGAGCCUGGAGGAGGGACAAAUUUGGACAUGUGUACUGGUAUCGAUUCAAAGAAUAUGCUAUUCCUUGGUACAUGAACAGAAGGUACAAGCGAAAGUCCUUCUUUACACCCAAGUUUGUCCAGCCUCACAUAAGGCUGCGCUUGGAGAAGUAUCUUCGACAGAGGGCCAGGAAAACCAGCUUAGAGCGGAGAACUCAGUCCAAACUCAAGGAGAAGUUUCCCCACGCUAAUAUUUCUGCAUCUUAAAUUUAAUGUACAUAUUUUACAACGAAGGUUUAUUUCACAGCUGUGAGCCUGACACAAGUUCUUCUCUGCAUCUACGGAGUUAAUUUGAAUCAAUCUGUAUGUCAAAUCAUUGAAGGUGUUUUGUUGAUGCUGUCAAGCUGUUAUUUGAUCAUACAAUAAACUAUACUACAUUACCCUGA